CAAAACUCUGCUACGACGGUUCUGUUUAGAGGGUAGUGUUUUAGGUCUGAAAUAUUUCUAUUUGUAUCCAGACCCAGUGUCAAGAUGUUUCUGGGGGAUAACUUUAUUACUCUGCGGGAUGGGGGCAUGUCUGCUGACGCUGCUCCUGAAUCGGCGCUUCAUGGAGACGCCGACUCACAUCACCAUUGAAAACCAGUUCGAACCGAUUUACAAUCUGCCGUAUCCCGCCAUCACGCUCUGUUCGCCCAAUCAGAUAACUGCCAGCGCUGUGGAACACUUCAAACAGACAUUAGUAAAUGGAAAUUUAACAUCUAAUUUUGAUGAUCUUGUUGCACAAGCGCUAGGUUUCAAUGAACUGCUACAGAGCAUCAAUUUAGAGAAAUUACAACAAUUUCAAGACAUUAUCACAAGCAAUCGUUACUCGGUGGUAAGCGUGAUGAGCUUGUUGGCGCAAAACUGCAACACUUUCCUCAAGCGAUGUUUUUUUCAAAACAAACUGUAUCCUUGUGAGGAACUCUUCGAGCCGGUGCUCACCAAACUGGGCGUCUGUUGUGCUUUCAAUAGCAUAUACAAGUUUGUUAAUAACAAGAGAAAUGAGAAGAAACCAAACUUCAUAAAACAUAAAUCUAAAAUAAAUCGUUUAAAACACGGACUUACCGUGAUUGUGGAUCAUGACCCCUAUAACGCUGUCGAUGGCACAGUUCAACACGCGGGCGCAACUCGGAUUGUGUUCACGGAUUGGUCCGAAUUCCCUUUGGAGGUAGAGUCGGUUCUAGCGCACCCUGGUAUUGAAGCUUUCCUGCUCAUCUCUGCCACAUACACAUACUGCUCCGAAGAGGUAGCAACACUGCCAAUCGACAGUAGGAAAUGCGUCUUCGAAGACGAGGUAAUCCUGCCUCAUUUCUGGAAGUACCACCACACUGACUGCGAACUAAACUGUCUCGUAAGCAAGGUGGAGUCUGAAUGUCAUUGCGUGGUCUUCUACGUGCCCAACGUCAGCCCACAUCAAGUCUGCAACUUUACUAAGAUUCCAUGUAUUACGGACGUUAAAUAUCAAAUGACUGAAGAAUCGUCUGCAAGCUGGUGCGGCUGCCAGAGAGACUGCGUGUCUCGCCGCUAUUCCGUCGAACACUUCAACGGCAAUUUGCAAGCUGUCCAACAUGUCAGGCUGGAUGAUAGAUACUCGGGAGUUGUUCUAAACGAAAGCACGACGGUGAUGCAUUUCUUCUUUCCCAAGACUUCAUUUGUCAGGCAAAAACAGGAGACUGUGAUGUCUUUGACCAAUUUCGUAUCUAACUUAGGCGGCGUGUUCGGUCUGUGUCUCGGCUGCAGCUUCAUUAGCUUGUUUGAGAUCUGUUUCUACAUUUACACCGCCAUAAAAAACCACAUAAGGCGCCGGACGACGAGACGACGACGGAGAAUCGGGUACUACAAUUAGUAUAAAAGCCGGUUUCCACUGUAGGAACGCGACAAUUUUAUUCUUUUUUUUAAGUACUCUCAGAAUUAAUUCUCUUUAAAGAACAGCAAUGGUUAAUCACAGUUUCAACACAAAACACAUUUUCUUAUUUA